AAUAAUAAAUGUCAUCGAAAAAAAUAAACUAACUUGUUCUUGUAGUUUAUGUACAUUAGUCUCGCGCCGAUUUCAUAAACCAAAACAUAAAUAUUAAUUUAUGUUGUAAGUAAGGAGUGAAAAUGAGUGGACCGAACGGUAUGUUAUACGGGGGAGAUGAAAUAGGUGCGUUAGUUUUCGAUCCCGGGCAUCAUUCUUUGCGAGUUGGUUAUGCCCAAGAAGAUACUCCGAAAGCUGAUAUCCCAGCAGUUAUAGGCGUUGGACCUGCAACACAUAUUCCAGAAGCAGAAGAGAAGGUUCCAGAUGGAAAUGUUACUCAAAGCAAUACAAAAAAAGAUGAGUUACGCUACUACAUUGAUGUGACAGAGCUGCACGUACCACGUCCAGGUAUGGAAGUGCAGACUUACAUGAAAGACGGGCAGGUUGAAAACUGGGACCUCUUUGAGAAAAUGCUGGAUUAUUGUUACUCAAAGGUUAUAAGGUCCCCAUCAGAGCACCAUCCAGCUCUGUUCACGGAGGCCGUGUGGACGACUAGACCUGCUAGAGAGAAGCUAGCCGAGCUCCUGUUUGAAAAGUACCAAGCACCAGCUUUCUUUCUGGUUAAGAAUGCAGUAUUAGCAGCAUUUGCUAAUGGGAAGUCCACUGCUCUCGUAGUUGACGCAGGGGCCAGCCAGACGUCUGCCGUACCUGUUAUUGACGGAUAUGCUCUAGUUAGUGCAGCAGUAAGGUCCCCAGUCGGUGGUGAUCACCUCGUGGCUCAAGCAAAACACAUGCUCAACAAUAUGCACAUACAGAUGUUACCCAUUUACAGCAUACAGAGCAAAGAGGUGAUCCGGGAGAGGGAAAGAGCUCGGUACACGUUGAAGACUCUACCGGCUGGCCUCACACACACGUGGCAACAGUACAUGUUGAAACGGCAGUAUGAAGACUUUGUGCACUGCGUCGCUCACGUCUCAGAGACGGCAUAUGACGAUCGGUCCGCGGCAUCCGUCCCCGGAUUGCACUAUGAGUUCCCCGGUGGAUACCAUCAGGACUUCGGUCCUGAACGCUUCAAGCUGUCCGAGUGCCUAUUCGAGCAGAGCCUUGGGGCUCCGCAUUUAGUGUGCGCGGCGGCCGGCGCGUGCGACGCGGACGCGCGCGCGGCGCUGUGGGGCGCCGUGGUGGCGUGCGGCGGCGGCGCGUGCGCGACUGGCUGGCUCGAGCGCCUCGCCAAGGAGCUGGCCGGCCGCGCGCCCUCCGCGCACCGCCUCAAGGUCACCGCGCCGCCCGCGCCCGCCGAGCGCCGCUUCGCCGCCUGGAUCGGUGGAUCGAUCCUCGCUUCGAUCGGCUCGUUUCAACAGAUGUGGAUAUCUUCGCAGGAGUACGACGAGGGUGGCAAGGGGCAGCUGGAGAGGAAGUGUCCCUAGAGACAUGUCGAUUCAUAAAUAUAUAAGAUAAAUAACAAAUAUGGACUUACAUUUUUUAGUUUUGUGAAUACAACUUCUACUUUUAUACGAGUAAAUGUUUCCGUCAGAUCGAUUUAUUUGUUUUGUAUUACGACUUUGAACUGUAAAAUACACGUAUGAAUGAUUGUGAGUGAUAAAUAAAUAGUUGUAAGUA